AUGAUUACUGACAAAGAGGUUUCACCGUCCACGGUACCACUUCUGUCUACAACUACACAGCCCUCAAAGACUCUGACCGAAUCUCGAACUGAUCCGAACUUCAAUCAAUUUGCACAUCUAAAUCAGCGACAUGCAUUCAGGACUCAGACCGCUUGCAAUCUUGACACAACAUUCUUCGUUGACGAACACCAGAUGUCAAACGAGCAAGCGAACGUUACCGAAACCAAGGAUUCACCUCUCAAUCGCCAACUUCCAUGUCCGGGCGACCUAGCUGCAAUUCCAGAGGUAGCCGAACCAGUAACGGAGGGGUUCAGACUUUGGCAAACUGAGGAGAGAGAUGAAGAAUCUGAAACGAGCUACAAGGCCGGCUCGGCCACUUUCAUUGAGAUACCUGUGAACGGAAAGCCAGUCAUGGCGCUUUUGCUUUCUCAUCAACUUGGUCAGUGGAUGUUAGAGUGUGUAAAGCUUCAACGUGACCAUGGGGAACUCGAGGGUCGUUCCAAGGGGGACAUUGCAAGUAUCGACAAGAAGAUCUAUGACCUUCAACAUAUUUCUCGCUCUCUGAAAUCGGCAAUAACCAUGGCCGAGCGUCUCAGUCACAUGUCUGGUCAAGACCAACGUGAUCAAUAUCACACGAAGAUGUCGAGGUUACAAGAUGAAUCACAAGAGAUAGAGGGACGCAUAAUGCAACUCCAGAAACAAAAAGCAGUCAUAAGGUCUAAAGAGCAGGACUUGAAAGAGCAGUGGAUUAACUACAUGGAGGCUAUCUCUAUCAGCCAUGACAAUGCUUUCAUCAAGGCUGGCAUAUUACCCGAGUAUAAGGAGGUGGGACGCAAAGGUUCUUUGGCCAAUGAGGAGGAAUCGUAUGUAGAAAUCGCCGCAUCUGAAGACACGGAGGUUAAAUCGCAUUACACGUCAGCGAAAGAACCAUCGGGAUCAAGCGCUCGGGAAAAGUGGGGCAUGGUCCUGUUUAAGGGCAACUCUACAAAUAAAGACAACUCCAGCAGCAACGAAGUUGUUCCCUUUCACGAAACUCAGGGAAAUGAGCACGCCCAGCUUCUAGAAGAAGCUACAGUACUAGGUCAAAAGUUUUGCAACGCCAAGCUGCCGAAGCGCCGAACCACCAUUUUGGGCAAUGCUGUUUUGGGUGGAUAA